AUGAAUCCAACGCCAUCGGCACUACAUUAUCCUGAUGUUGUCAGUCGAUCAGCUAAUUCAAAUUCAAAACAAGCUGCCAGUAAUUAUGCAGCUGGUCUCAAAAUGGCUAGUCUUUUUUCCGAACAUGUGUUACUUUAUCCAUUCGAUGUCCUCAGACGACAAAUUCAAGUAAAUAAUGAAGCUGUUAAAUAUCAUUUAUCUCCAGUUAGUGUAUUCCCUGUUCUAUUUAAAAUCUCAUCACAAGGUCCAGCUGCACUUUGGAAAGGUGUUCUUACUUCUCUUGCAUAUAAUGGUUUAGUCGUAGCAACAGAUAAUUUUCUUCAAGAUUUAAUUCCAGUAAAAAAAAGUAAACAUAAUCGAACACAACAACUUCGUCGAGUUGUUCGAAAUAUAGCUGUUCGAACAACUGCUUAUUUAAUCGUUUCACCAAUUUAUUAUAUAAUGCUUAUUGAAUCAGUUCAAAGUGUAAGUGCAUCGGAUGGAAAUUUACUUGAUGGUAUACGUGAUACACUUAUACGUUUUGUUCCUUAUUCAUCAACAAUCACAGGUGGUCGAAGUAAAAUGUUACCAAUAUGGCAAAUUCUUAUACCAGCUGUUGGUCUUAUGACUGGACGAUUUAUAUGUGAGAAAAUUUUAUAUAAAAUUAUAUUACCAACAUUAAAUGCAAUACAAGAAGCUGAUCGAUAUCGAAAAAGAAAACAAAGACGUACUGCUCAGUUAUCAAUGGAUGAUGAUUAUGAAUUCGAAGAAAAUGUUCUUCUAUUUGAAACAACUUAUGCAUCAUUAAUUGCUCGAAUAGCUGCUGGAUUUUUUGGACAAGUUUUAUUUUAUCCUGUUGAAACAAUUGUACAUCGUCUUCAUGUACAAGGUGUUCGUGCUAUUAUUGAUAAUACAGAUACUGGUGUUGGUGUAUUACCUAUUAAUUCAUCGAUUUAUUAUACAGAUUUUUGGUCUUGUUUUAAAUCAAUUGAAGAAACAGAAGGAAGUUCUGGUUUAUAUAAAGGUAUUGGAUGUGUUUUACUUAAAUUUUCAUUAUUAUACGGUGGAAUGUUAUUGGCACAUGGUGUUGCAAAAAAAUUUGUUAUUGAUAAUAAACCAGCUAUACCAACUUCUCCUUCUGUAACAACAACGACAUCAACAACAACAAGACCAACAUGGAGACAUGAACCAACAACUACAAUUACUACUGAAAGUGGACAAUGGUAG